CACGAUACCCCGCCUCCUGUUCCAUUCCAGGUUUCCGCGACUACGCGUACCAACCCGAACGAAGUCAAAUCACCAUCAAAACCUGACCGCGCUGCUCUUCAGGCUCGCGUGGCAGCCAAACGCGUCGCGGAGUUUCGAAGGAGACAGGCUCUGAAAGAAGAAGAACUACGGGCUUUGGAAUCAGCUUGGACUCAAAAGCGCCGCGAGAUCCGUCGCUCCAAUUAUUCGAUGCAUAAGCAGCUGGGAGUCGCUGAUCUGUCCGCGCAAGAUCAUCUCCAAAUCGCACAACGACGACGCAGGGCAGAAGCCAAGCAAGAAGAGCUUGCUGCUAGCCUUGAACGACAAAACCGGUGGUACAACAACAAUCCCAAACGAACCGCCAGUGCUUCGGAUCACAUUCACGAGCUGCAGCAGCAAUACCUCCAAGCGAAACACGAACGGCAACGUACAAUCCGGCAGAAGCAGAAGUCGAUUCAGUUGAAUCAACUCGAACUCCAACAAAAGGCUCACGAUAUCAUCGUCAAAACUCAAGGAGCGUAUGUU